GUGAGGGGAGGGCAGGGGCCGGGGCUGGGAGCAGCAGCAGCACCAUGGAGAGCGGCGCCGACGGGCGCCUGGACGCCGCCGCCUUCCUCGGGGCCUGGCGGCGCUUCGACGCCGACGAUAAUGGCUACAUAGAAGGGAAGGAGCUUGACGAUUUUUUUCAUCAUCUCCUGGAGAAACUGGGACCAGAAAGCCCCAUCACAGAAGAAGAAGUUCAGAGGAUGAAGGAGCAAUUCAUGUCCGUCUACGAUGUCACCACAGAUGGACGCUUGCAAAUCCAGGAGCUUGCAAAUAUGAUCUUACCGGAUGAUGAGAACUUCCUACUGCUUUUCCGACGGGAAACUCCCUUGGACAACAGCGUGGAAUUCAUGCGGAUCUGGCGCAGUUACGAUGCUGACAGCAGUGGAUUUAUUUCAGCUGGUGAACUCAAAGAUUUCUUGCGUGAUCUCUUUUUGCAGCAUAACAAGAUGGUUCCCGAAGUAAAGCUGGAAGAAUAUACUGAUACUAUGAUGAAAAUCUUUGACAAAAACAAAGAUGGACGACUGGAUCUGAAUGACCUGGCAAGGAUUCUGGCACUUCAGGAAAAUUUCCUUCUACAAUUUAAGAUGGAUGCUUGCAGCCAAGAAGAAAGGAGGCGAGAUUUUGAGAAGAUCUUUGCACACUAUGAUGUUAGUAAAACAGGAGCACUUGAAGGCCCAGAAGUGGAUGGGUUUGUCAAAGACAUGAUGGAACUGGUCAAGCCCAGCAUUAGUGGGGUGGACCUGGACAAGUUCCGUCAGAUCCUGCUCAACCACUGCGAUGUGAACAAGGAUGGGAAAAUUCAGAAAUCUGAACUGGCUUUGUGUCUCGGGCUGAAAAUUAACCCAUAGCUGGGAAAGUGCUUGUGGUUGUGUUUCCCUUGAAAUAUUUGCCUGCUGCUCCUUGUAGAAGUGUGCUCUGUGCUGCUGUGGGAGUGGUGGGGAGCUGAGGCACCGUGGACUGGAGCGUGGGAUUUUCACAGGGGCCUCCUCACUCCACCAUCUCCUUUGUGAUGUUCACUUGCUGCUGUCUCUUGUGGGUCCCCUUAGCAAUGUCUCUGCCCACCAGCAGAUGAGCUGCUCAGAAGAGAGGUUGCUAUUCUUCUGCCCUCAUGAAAUGCUUCCCUGCUCAUUCUAGGAUAGGAACAAGGUCUCCUUGAAAACCUCCCCUCAGUGCUCUCAGAGUGCAGCUACUAAGUGUUUCUGAUGAUCACUUUAUAUGUGUGAAACCAUUGCUUUGGUGAACAUUGUGCUUUUUGCAUUUAAAAUAUUGGAUGGAUGACAGUGUAUCUGUGCAGAAAUAAAAUGGCAAUUACAGAAAUUCA